AUGGCGCCAGUGCAAGAUCUCAACACCGAGGCGGUGGCAACCUCCGCCCGCAAGAGCAUAGACCAUCAGAGCUCGGCACCAUCAUGGAGCGAUGGAUCUUCGUGCCCAGUGCCACAUGCAAAGUCGCACCCGCUCCCUCCUGGUCACCCUCCCGUGCCUGAUGCUCCCGCGUCGACUCUCUUUCCGCCGACCGACUCUCGCUGCAUCUUCUACCGCUCACCAGAGGAUCUCGCGCAGACACCCCCGCUCUCUCGUUCAACAUCGUCCUCGAUGCUUUCGUCGUCGACUGCGAACACGCUGCCAUCGCUCCACGAGCUUGCCGUCACCCAUAGCGCCUCGGCGCACGAGUUCAACAAGGCCCAGAUCCUCGACCAGCAAAGGAAAGAGGCCAACAUCAACCCCUUGCACUCCGAUCGCGAAAGCCAGCUCGGUCUCGAUCCCUCUUGCACCCUCGUCCUUGCUAGUCGCAACAGCCAGCUUGCGCUCGUACAGAGCUCGCAUGUCAGCGCCAUGCUCGAGGCGCGCUUCGGCAGGUCAUCGCCGCUCUUCCGAUCGCAAGUCGAGCAACUCGACAGCACACUAGCAUCAAGCCAAGAUGGCUCCUCGCCAGAAGCUUCUUCUUCGAAGAGCCGUCUGCAGAAAGUGGGCGAUGAGCACUCCAGCACCGAUCUCGACUUCCUCCGCAACUUGCUCGAAGGCUUCCACAUCGCGCCCAAGACAGCCUUGCGGCCACAUGCUUUCCCCGUCACAUCCAUGUCGACCGCAGGUGAUCAGAACCUGCGAUCGCCACUCUACGUCAUUGGCGGUGAAGGCAAGGCGAUCUGGACAAAAGAGCUCGAGGUGGCGCUUGAGCAAGGUGCCGUCGACGCCAUCGUUCACUGUCUCAAAGACGUGCCCACUGCAUUGCCCAAGGGUCUCGAGCUGGCUGCCGUUCUCGAGCGCGAGGACCCCCGAGACGCCCUGGUCGUCAAAGCUGGUCUGCCGUACAAGGUGCUCGACGAGCUUCCCGUCGGGUCCGUCAUUGGCACUUCUUCUGUACGCCGAGUAGCCCAGCUGCGACGACGAUACCCGCACCUGGUCUUCAGCGAUGUUCGCGGCAACAUCAACACCCGUCUCGCAAAGCUGGAUGCACCCAACGGUCCAUACACGGCCCUGAUCCUUGCUGCGGCCGGUCUGAUCCGUCUCAAUCUUCACUCGCGCGUCACCGCCUUUCUCAGCUCGCCCGUAUUGCUGCACUCGGUCGGACAAGGUUCACUGGCGAUCGAAGUGCGCACGCCACCCGAGGGUGCCGAUCCCACCACCAACAGGGAUGCACGCAUUCGCGAGUUGAUCCGCUCCAUCGGCGACUGGCGUGCGACGUUCCGUGCUGAAGCAGAACGAGCUCUGCUGAGGGAGCUCGAGGGUGGCUGUUCCAUCCCAGUGGGGGUCGAGACACGCUUCGAUGAUCACGAUCAGGUGGAAGGGCAGCGCAGCGAGGCCAUCGAACUCGUCGAUGACUUUGUCACACAGGGCGAUGCAGGUGCCAAGGCGGAUCUGCCCAACGGUGGCGUGCCGCUCAUCAAGGACGGUCACACCAUCCCUGCCAGUCAGCUGUCUGGUGACGGCGAGACUGUCCGCUCGCCACCGCAGCGUCCACCGCUCGAAUCCCUCGCCACAGGCGUACAAGAGAUGGAAGCGGCCAAAGCCAGAGCGAAACACCCUCCCGUAGCAACCAACGCUGCCACCCUCGCCGAAAAGAUCGUAUCAACAUCGUACAGCAUCGUGGACCGCUCGACACCCGCUCCAGAAGGCCGCAUGCUUCACAUCGACGCCAUCGUCGUCUCCCUCGACGGCAGCCAAGAGUCGCGCUAUUCCGCCUCCAAGCACUGUACCACCAUCGAAGACGCCCGAGCGCUCGGCAUCCACGUCGCGCACGAGCUCGCACACAAAAAGGGUGCUCGAGCUAUCCUGGAGGAGGUCGAACGACAUCGAAAGAUGGCGGAAGAAGCGGAUCGACGUCGACGCGAGGAGGCCAAGAAGCGAAAAGCGAUGGGUCUGCCUGGUGGCGAGACCAACACGAACGGUGUAGCUUCCGUCGGCGAACAGGGCGACCUGAAUGCGCUGAAGAAGUCAAGGGAUGGAUGGAUGCGCGGUCAGACAGAGAUCAGUCUCAAUGCGGAAUUGGAGAAGCUGCGGGAUCAGCAUGCGACAGGGACAGGAGGACUCGCGGAUAAGGAUUGCGAUUCGCAGGAAAUGGAUCGAAGGGGUCUGCCGAGAGAUGAUGGGCAGGCAAAGGCUUGGGAGGUGUGA